AUGCCCAAAUCAAACGGCUGCCGCACCCUCCUCCUCCUCACACCGCCGGUCCUCCUCCUCUUCCCCACCGCAGCCCUAAUCUCCAUCCUUGAGCGCAUCUCCAAAAACACCUUGUACUCGAACCUGCAGCGCAGCUUUCGGACGGGGGCCUUCCAACUGGUGCUGGCACGGCCAGGCGGGGGCCCAGACAUCGGGCUGACGCUCGACUUCAACCACGCACCCAUGCUCGUCAUCCUCGGCAUCUGCGUGAUGGCGUACGCGGUGACUGUGCUGAGCGCGGCGGGGAUAUGGCAGUUGAAGAAGGUCGAGGGCACGGCGCGACAUGAGCGGGUGUGGGUAUGGGUUGUGCUGGUUGCGAAUGUGGUCAUGAUAGCUGUGAGCUUGGGAGGCUUUGGGUACGCAACCAGCGUGCAGGCGCGCGAUGGGACGUGGAAGAAUUACGAGGAUGCCGGUCGGCCUGAUCAGGAACUUACGCGGGAGACGUGGGCGUGUCAGAUUCACAGUUUGUUUCCUGGCGAGGGGUGGGCAGCGACGGCGUGUGGGACGAGUCGGGCUAUGCGGUAUUUGCUGUUGCCCAUGGCGGUGGCGGCCAUGGCGGUGCUGGCCAGUCUGUGGGUGCUGGUUAGGACGAGGGGAGGGCUCAAGUGGGCGUUUGGCGGCCAGGGAAGGUAUGCUGGGUUUCGCGGGGUGUAUGAGUUGCAGCCGCAGGAACAGAAUAUGGGGUACUCGGGGCCGCCGCUGCCGGUGCAGCAGUGGUCGCGACAGCCAGGCCAGCAAUGGGCGCCGCAGAUGUACCAGCCGUAUGGCCAACAGCCUGGUCAGCAGUGGGCACCGCAGCCGCAGCCCGUGGCUCAGGUGCCAAAGUCGCAUGCUAAUGUUGACCAGCGCCCCGUCUACCAGUGAUGUGUAUCUUGUUCCAUGUUUCAAGGCAUAUAUAUCCCACCUUUGCAUAUACUUUUACCUGUGUUGACCGCUUUCGCGGCAUUAGUUAUACUUAUCUCUUGUAAUGAUUCACGCGCCUUUGUUUCUCAUACA